GGGAGUGUUUUGCUUUCGCGACCUGUCGUCGUUUGCGUUAAUGAAAAAACUUUGAAGAGUGCAAAUUACUUUAAAAAAAACCCGAUUUAACGCGUUAUUUGUCCGUGCUACGUAUAUUCCGAAUGUCCGUCUGGUACUGCUGGUCACUGUGACAAUAAUUGUUUUCACUUCUCGAAUGCGCAACUACACGUAUUCGGAAUUCUUUUUCGGGUUUCAAUUUUGUGUGGUAAAGGAAACCCUCGGGUAACCUGGAGGGGAGCUGAAGAGGGUGAGGCGUGUACAGAUAUAAUAGAAGAAAGUUGUCCAUCAAGAGGGAGGGUGCCUGUUUUGGUGAUAGUGGGACAAGUAGUUGUCCUUUCCAUAAGCUGGAGUCGAAACUCGCCGAUUAGACAGCGAAACAAUUUCAUUCAUAGGGAAGACGAAUGCCGCAACCGGAUCAUCGGGAUCGUGACAUCGAAGGCAACAAUAUGACGAUGAAUGACGAUGGGAACGGUGCCAACAGUAACUCGCUGGGAGUAACGACGACAUCCAACAAUAAUCCGCUUUUGACGACCAAUACGACGACUACGGCAGCUGCUGCGAAUGGCAACAAUGGAGGAACUAAUCCGGGCAACAACAAUGGAAACAACAAGCUAAACAACCUAGAUAAACGACCAUCCAUAGGGGCCAACAACAAUGGCAAUAACGAAUCAUCCACAACAGCUGCUGUUGCCGCGGCAGGUUCUCGGUUCAUUAUUCCAAAGACGAACGAAAUCGAGACACUUCCGCCCUUGAAGGAUGCCACCCUUGCGUCGGAGCGAGAAGAGCUGUUCAUCAAAAAAAUCCGCCAGUGUGGUGUUCUGUUCGACUUUUCCGAACCCUUGAAUGACCUUAAGUAUAAGGAAAUCAAGCGAUGCGCACUGCAGGAGAUGGUGGAAUUCGUUGGGACACAACAUCAGAUCAUAACCGAACCGAUCUAUCCGGAAGCGUUCCAGAUGUUUGCGGUCAAUUUGUUCCGCACGCUGCCUCCGUCUUCGAAUCCCAAUGGGGCUGAAUUCGAUCCCGAGGAAGAUGAACCGACGUUGGAAGCAAGCUGGCCACAUCUGCAGUUCGUUUACGAACUGUUUCUCAGGUUCCUUGAAUCGCAAGACUUCCAGCCGAGCGUGGCAAAACGCUACAUAGAUCACGGUUUCAUUUUGAAUCUAUUGGAGCUUUUCGAUUCGGAAGAUCCGCGUGAACGUGAUUUUCUGAAGACAGUGCUGCAUCGGGUGUAUGGCAAGUUUCUCGGCCUUCGUGCGUUCAUACGCAAGCAAAUCAAUAACAUUUUCUACAAGUUUAUCUACGAAACGGAACAUCAUAACGGAAUAGCCGAGCUUUUGGAGAUUCUUGGAAGUAUUAUUAACGGUUUCGCUUUGCCACUUAAGGAGGAGCACAAGCAGUUUCUGCUCAAGGUUCUACUACCAUUACAUAAGGUGAAAAGUUUGUCCGUCUACCAUCCGCAGCUGGCUUACUGCGUGGUACAAUUUUUGGAAAAAGAUCCCAGCCUGACACAGCCCGUCAUCAAAUGCCUUCUAAAGUUCUGGCCAAAAACGCACAGUCCAAAAGAGGUGAUGUUUCUGAACGAACUGGAGGAGAUUCUGGAUGUUAUCGAGCCGGCCGAAUUUCAAAAAGUGAUGGAACCCUUGUUCCGCCAGAUUGCAAAGUGUGUGGCCAGUCCACACUUCCAGGUGGCCGAGAGAGCACUCUAUUACUGGAACAAUGAAUACAUAAUGUCAUUGAUUUCGGAAAAUUCCAAGGUUAUUCUGCCCAUUAUGCUACCGGCCCUGAACAGCAACAGCAAAAAUCACUGGAACAAAACCAUCCAUGGACUUAUCUACAACGCGAUAAAGCUGUUCAUGGAGAUGAAUCAGAUGCUGUUCGACGAAUGUCACCGAAAAUACACGGCAGAACAACAGAACGAGAAGGAAAAACUUAGCCGACGGGAGGAACUUUGGCAGCAAGUGGAGAAUCUCGCCCGACAACAUCCGACGUAUUCAAAGUUCGCUGAAGAUGAUGGAGUUAUACGGUCUACUAAUAACGCUGGUGCUUCUCUGUCGGGCGAGCUGGUCCUCGCGUUCGGUGGCAGCAGUCCCAAAUCGCCGGCAACGACAGGACUCCAGCACAACACCUAAAAGCACCAGAACCGGGUAUGUCUUUAACUCUCAGCUGUGGAAUACAAAAACACAUGCACUGUUCUUUUUUAGCAAGUACCUUUUUUCAUACACGAACGAGCAAAUGUGGAACAUAUUAAAAUUAGCAAACAUUUUUUGAGAUGCGCCGUGCUGGACAACGUUUUUAACAUUUGAAUACGCUACCUGUAGGAAGAAAAAUAAUUACACAAAAAAAUAGAAGCUGAGCGCUGUUGAAAUUAUAUAUUAUACUAUACUUAUUGAAGAAGAAGAAAGAGAAAAAAAAUGUUGCAUUACCCCAGAAAUAAACUUGCAUGUUGUUACACGGAUAAUUAAAAAAAAAAAGCAGAAAAAGGUGAACAAUAACAGCAUAGGGCGACAGUUGUUUUGCUUGGCGUGGAUUAUUUUGCAUUUUUAAUGACAUUAAACAUUGAAUUACAAACUUUACUUUUUUUGUUGUUUAAAUCUGUUCUGCAGUUCGUUCGAUGUGACACUGAACGCCCAUUUUAUUAGUUGACGAGCGUUAAAGGGAGGUCAUCAUGUUCGUAAACCAAAUGUUGGUAAAAUUGAUUUCAACAUGAUAAAAAAAUCUCAUCUCUUGACAAUUGCUUCAGAUUGAAACAUAGUUUCGCGUUUCGCGGAGAAAUUUGACCAGUUGGUGCAACGUGUAUUUUGUAUGUUGCUCAUGUGUUGAAGCCCGCUUAAAGAGAUUAGAAACACUUACAAAUUGUGGUAGCUAAACUAGUUGGAAAAUACAGACAGAAAUGAAAAAAACUGCUUAAAGUGGUUUUCGCAGUAACGAACGACCGAAUGGUUCAAAUUUCUUGUAUAAAAUAGUGACAACGAUAAAAUGGGCAUUCCUUUUGUUGUAGCAUGCAAUCUGUAAGAACAAUUUUUCAAAUAGUAGCGCCCUGAAAGAAAAGAAGCUAUUAUAAAACUAACGAUACCACUCUUAUUACUCUUUAAGACACAAGACUUUACCUGUACUAUUACUCUUAUUACGAGAUAAAACAUAAGCAGCGCAAAAGCAAGCAAACUCUGUUGUGCAAAUGCAAUUUGCAACGAUUUAUAUAACAAAGGAUAAAGAUAAUGCAAAGCCACGCAAGGAGACACAACACAAGCAAUGACUUGCGUAGUUUCAUGUCAGAAUAGUCCUUUCGAAGGACACAACAAAAAAGUUAUAAUGCUUAAUCUAUGGGACUAGAGUAAAUUCUAUAUAAUUUUCUUUUCUAUGCAACUCUGUACUCGUGGAAAACACAAAACUACAAGGACGGAAGUAAAAAUAAUGAAUGAAAGUCUAAGAUUGCUGUAACUACUAUUGUUUCUCAUUUUUUUGGAACAAAUUCAACACACACACAAAUUAAUAAUACCUACUAUUCCAAAUAUGCCCAGAAGGUUAGGUUAAAACACAUUAUGAAACUUUAAAAAAGGAAGCGACAAACUUCUUCCCGACAAGAAAACAGAAAACUCACACACAACACAAAACACUACCCUAAAAAAAUCAAAAACACACGUCACAACUGUCGAGUGUUGGCCGCUGCCUGAAAAUAACGAAAAUACACGAUCGUGGGGGAAAUCGAAGGGAUGAAACAAGUGUACGAUUAUUAGUGUCCUCCAUGUACUAAUACUAACUGUAAAAUAAAAACAAUUAAUACAGGACCGGAAAAGCAACAUAAAGAGCACAAGAGCAUAUUAUAGAACGAAUGUAAUCGACUUUGGCAGGAAUGACAGCAAUCAGCAGCAACAAAAUUAUGAUUGUUAGUUUUUUCACUAAUAAAACGGCGCUGAGAACGGCUAAAAAAUGUA